UAAAAGUGUUUGUAUAGCUGCUACGUUGUUUUGGUUUAACCGUAGAAUCAAAAUAUUGAAAGUUAAAUACUGACUCUUAACUUGGAAGAAGAAAAAGGAUAAAUUUUCCCUAGAGCGCGUGAUAUAAGAUUUAAUAUCAGCUAGCUCGAAUUAAAAUAUUAAUCAUUUUAAUUUCUUCAAAUAGCGAGAGUUCAAUGCAUUGAGUUUCUAAUUCAGUUCAAGAACAAGGAAAAGUGUAUAAGAAAUAUCUGUAAAGAUUGGUCGUAAACUAAAUUAUGCAUUUGGAAAUACCGGAGUGCAAGAGAUGCUGCUUUUGCGUCCCGUUAAGACACGGCGUUUUGAUUUUUGGAUACCUUCAUUUCGCGUUCACGAUAUUUAUUGUGGCAGUGGAAAUAUGGGUGUUUUCCACGGGGGAGGUCACAUACCACACGAUAACUCUGUUUAGGGGUGCGCAUAUGUACAUCCACUAUUUGGUAGCAGUCGGGCUACAUGUGGCAGAAAUAAUCUUCAACAUUGUUCUUCUAGUUGGAGCUCACAUGAAAAAGCCACAGUUAUUGCGCGCGUAUUACUACUACGGUAUAACUACGACUGUCGCCUCCUUCGUGACAUUCGUCGUUCUCUGGCUCAGAUUGACCUGCAGACACUGUUACUUCAUGGACUACCUCAUUGAGGUCGCCUUUCUUGUAACCGGUAUUGGAAUCCAAAUCUACCUCUUGCUGCUAAUCAGAAGUGAACUGCUGAAGAUAAGAAAAAACAACCAUCUUUGCUACGUGAACCAUGCGUCUGAGAUGGUAGUGGACGCACCCCUCCAGUCUGGACACAAUCCUUUCUAGUAAAAAAGGCGAAUAUAUUAUUAAAUGUCUACAUGAAGAAAUUUUAAAACUUUACGGUGCAACGGUGGUUCGGUGAAAUUCGACGGUGCAGCGCUUCCUGAACAGGAGGCGGUGACCAUAGGUCGAUAAAAAUUUGAAGAACUCUCUGGCAUGCUUGUUUCAAC